AUGCGGAGUCUUCUCCGAAAGUCCAAACCCUUGACGGAUCCCAUUGUUUGGGUAGACUGUGAAAUGACUGGUCUCGACGUCAACAACGAUCAUAUUAUAGAAAUCUGUUGUAUCAUAACAGAUGGUGAUUUGAAUGUAGUCGAUGAGAACGCUUAUGAAUCCACAGUGUAUUAUCUGAAAGAUCGUUUGGCUCAAAUGGAUGAAUGGUGUACCACUACCCAUACAGCCAGUGGGUUGAUAGAUAAGAUUUUGGAGAAUGAAGAUCGGUCCUUAGAAGUGGUCAAGAAUGAAUUGCUUGGUUAUAUAAAGAAAUAUGUUACUGCUCCUAGAAAGGCUGUAUUAGCAGGUAAUAGCAUUCAUAUGGAUAGAUAUUUUAUGAUGAAAGAGAUGCCUGAAGUCAUUGAUUGGUUACAUUAUCGGAAUAUUGAUGUUAGUACCAUAAUGGAAUUUGGUUCAAGACAUAACCCUGAACUUAUGAAACUAUGUCCCAAGAAGAAACAAGCCCAUACUGCCAAAGAUGAUAUUUUGGAGAGCAUUGAUCAAUUAAAAUGGUAUAGAAAGUAUUAUUUUAAAAGUGGUGAUGAUACUGCUGAAUUAGUCAAGGCUAUGAAAAAAGGCGAUAUAUAG